CCCAUAAUAGACACACCUGCUUUGGUAAAGAAGCACAUCAGCAGGGUUGGGUUGACGUGUGUGUGUGUGUGUGUGUGUGUGUGUGUGUGUGUUCUUGCUGCCGUAAAAGAAGCAAAAAGGAGAGCCACGUGGUUCAGCCUCAGAGGGUGGAUUCCACUGCUCUCAGUUCCUUUUGCAGGAAGAGCUCAGAAUCACAACAGGGAAAAUAACCCCAAAGAUGAACCUCGCAUGUAAAAUUGUAGCUGGCUUCCUUCUGCUUUUCAUCCUUUCCACCCAAGGCGCAGCUCCUGACAAUGAUGGUAUCUUCUGGGGCACUCUGGGUCAGGACAUCAACCUGGACAUUCCUGGUUUUCAAACGAACGAUAGUAUGGAUGACAUCCAAUGGGAAAAAGGCCAAAAGAGGGUGGCGCGGUUCCAGACUGGCAACAAGCCCAAGAGUCAAGAUGAAAGAUACCAAGUAUCGGCGAACGGAACUCUGAAGAUUAAACAGCUGACGAUGGAGGACAGUGAAACCUACAAGGUAGUUAUGUAUAAUAAGCAGGGAAAGAAUGCAUUGGAAAAAACAUUUCAACUGAAGAUUCAGGAGAAGGUCUCAAAACCUGAGAUCAACUGGAAUUGUACCACCAAAAUGCUGUCCUGUGAGGUAUCGAAUGGAACCGACCUUGAAUUGCAACUGUAUUUCAAUGAGACCAGAGCCAAAACGGUUCAUUUGAAGAACAUCACACUCAAGUUGCCGACCAAAUGGAAGACAUUAAUGACGUGCACGGCAGAGAACAAAGUCAGCAAGGAAAGCGCUGUGAAGACCAACAGUUGCUCAGAGAAGCAUCUAGACAUCUAUUUCAUCAUUGGCAUUUGUGGAGGAGGCACCAUCUUUGUCAUCUUUAUGGCUCUGCUCAUCUUCUACAUCAACAAGAGGAAACAACAGAACCGUAGGAGGAAUGGGGAAGAGCUGGAGAUAAGAACGUGCCGAGUGACCACCAAGGAAAGGGGCCCGAAGUCCUGCCAGGUUCCAGGAUCGGCUCCCCAAAGUCCAGCCGCAUCCGGGCCCCCUCCGCCGCCUAGCCAUCGGCCCCAGGCCCCUGGACACCGGCUACCGCCUCCUGGCCACCGGGCCCAGCACAACCAGCAGAGGAAGGCCCCUCCUCCACCAGCAACACAGGCUUAUCAGCAGAAAGGCCCGCCCCUCCCCAGGCCGCGAGUUCAACCCAAACCUCCCCGUGCGGCCACAGGAAGCUCAUAACUCUGUCUCUGGCCAUGGUUGUCCCCUCCCUCGCACGAAGAGAGAGAGAAGGCGUUCUUGCCCAUCAAGGCACCGUGGAGUGUCUCCACUGCGAGGGUGAGCACCUGCGCUUCCCUCAAGGGUGCUCUGCGGUAGGAUUGUCACCCCCGGGCUUGUGGGCCUCGGCCGUGUCUGCGUCUCCUAGCUCGCCUAUGUGCUCUAACACCUGGAGCCUCAGGGCUCCUCAGAGAUGCUUGUCACCCCGAGAAGGGCUGGCAAUGCACGUCCAGCCUCGGGAGGAUGGGCCACCGACCACCGAGUCCUCGCCUCCCCCUCAGAUCACGUGCAGACAUGAGAUGUCCUGUGCACCGGGGCCUCGCUGCAAGCAACCUGCUGCCUCAAGACGCCCUUGGGUCUCUUCUGUCCCUGGUGGACACUUGCCCGCCAUCUUGGAGGCAGAAGGGAAAUAAAAGCUUUGAUUUGA